GUGAGGACCCUGGCCUCGAUCUUCUUAUUGAUAAUAUCAGCCUUGGGCACUGGGCCCGUUUAUUAAUAAAAAAUAAAAAAAGGGGGGGAGAAGGAUUUUAUGGCGUACUUCAAGAUGUUGGACAGGGUGAUUGAGGAGAUAGGUGUGCAGUCCAUCGUCGGUGUUGUGAUGGACAACGCGAGGGUUUACGUUAAAGCGGGGAAGACGGUGGAGGCCACGUACCCCGGGAUCUUCAGUGUGGGUUGCACAACCCAUGCCUUGGAUUCGGCUUUGGAAGACAUGUACAAGUGCAUGGGUUCAAGUUGGCUGAAAACUGUCGUCGACAAGGGCAAUCAAGUCGACAAGUUCUUCACCAACGUUGGCAAGGUCCGUGCAAUGUUCAACAAGAUUGUGGAUACGCAACUGAAAGGUCCGGCGGUCACCAGAUUUGCAACGAACUUUGAGAUGUUGAAGUCCCUCAAGACAUGGAAGAAUCCACUGGAGCAUUGUGUUUGCAACGCGGCGUGGGUGCACAAGUUGGUGAGGCAGGAGCAGGUGGCAACAUUCAAUGUCGUCACCCACAUCACCGUGGACCAGAAUGGAUUCUGGAAGGAUGUGGAAAAGGUCAUGGUGGUGAUGGAGCGUAUUGUCAAGCUCCUUCGUUUGGUGGACGGUCCCGGAGCAACGAUCGGCAAAGUCUACUUUGGCAUGAACGUGGUUGUGGCUACUAUGCGCUCCCUCGAGUGUUUGUCGGAUGCUGAGAAGGUGGACGUAGAGAAUAUUUUGAUGGACCGGUGGACCUUCAUGACUUCAUAGCUGCAUUGCGCAACGUCAUUUCUCGAUCUAGAGUAAAGGUUGGAUGUAGUG